GCAGACUUGAGUUGCGCCUGCCAGCUUCAAUGCAGCUGGUAGACAACCAAACCUUCUUUCAGCGGUUGACUGCAUUGUUCGCGUCACCCAAGGAGUCUGGAAGCAUAUGGCUUACCCACAAACGACUCGUCUACGAUGGGGAGGACUCAAACAUGUCGUCUGAGGACGAUGCUACCAAAGAAUAUCCGUGCUUAGUUCGGGCAACAGAUGGCAAUGAAACCAAGUUCUCGACCAAGGUCGAGCCUGGUGACCUUGAAGGCUUUCACACGACCUACGGAGCACUGCUAAAGUCCUCCAUGACCACUCUCCGAAAGCGCGACAAGAAGCGCGAGAAACAAAGGGCAGAAGAGAUCGCCCGUCGUAAGCGUCGACUAGCGGAAGACAUCGCUGUUGAGGGGCCAAAAAGAGGUGCUGGUCGCCGAAAGAGACAGCGGAAAAUGAAGGGGGCGGCCAAACAGGCGGAGGCACGGAAACGGGUCGAAGAACGAGAGGAGGCGAAGUCCCGGGCAAAAGAGUCAUGAUCAUCUCUGUCCGUCCUGUAUUCUGCGGUUAACCGUGUAGCAUUUGUAGUCUUUGAGCAUGCUCUUAAAGUCCGAGCGAUGUUGUCGGGCUUCAUUAA